GCCGCGGCUGCGCGGGCCGGGCCGGGCCAUGAGGGCGGCGCGGGGCGCGGCGCUGGCGGCGGCGGCGGUGACCGCGGUGGCGCUGGCGGUGGCGGCCUGGCGGCGGGCCCGGCCCGUGCGGGAGGUGCUGUUCUUCCCCUCGCGGCCCUGCUGCAUCGAGGCGCUGCUGGCCGAGGCGGCCGAGCCCGGCGCGCCCGCCCGGCCCUGCCCGUGCCCGCUGCCGAGCGGCGACACCGCGCUGAGCCGCCUGGUGCGCCGCCUCCUCUCCGCCCGCCGCUCGCUCGACCUCUGCCUCUUCUCCUUCUCCUGCCCGCAGCUCGCCCGAGCCGUGCAGCUCCUGCACCGCCGCGGGGUCCGCGUCCGCCUGGUGACGGACGCGCAGUACAUGGGGCUGCACGGCUCCCAGAUCGGCCGCCUGCGCCACGCCGGGAUCCAGGUGCGCCACGACCAGCACAGCGGGUACAUGCACCACAAGUUCGCCAUCGUGGACCGGAGGAUGCUCAUCACAGGCUCCCUCAACUGGACCACCCAGGCCAUCCAGAGCAACCGGGAGAACGUGCUGGUGGUGGAGGACGCCGAGUAUGUGAAGGCUUUUCAGGAGGAGUUUGAAAGGAUUUGGGAGGAGUACAAUCCUGCCAAUUACAAGUUUUUUUCCGAAAGGCAGUAAAUGGUAGAGCUGCCUCAUAGGGCUAGUGGAGCAUGGUAACAUCCACAGAUUUUAUUAAUUUGUAUAGACAUCAUUGUUUUGUCCAUCUGGGUGUAACUUUGGUAAAUGUCUCCAGGGAAGCGAAGUGUUCUCUGCCCUGAAAUGCCACAGUUCCCUUGCUGUGGGUCAUUCCCGUGCUGGAGGGAAUGACACAGCUGUUGGUUGUGAGGGUGACAGCGACAGAGCUGCACCCAUAGGCAUUAAGACUCUGGGCGGGCUCGUUGCUGUGCCCUGGUGCAGACCAGGUGUGUUCCUACAGUGCUGAGCACGCGUUUCAGUGGUAAAAGGAACAUUUUCCAGCUCGGGAUAUGGAAUGGAAUUGUAGCUAAUUCCAAAUGGAAUUGUAGCCCAAGGGCUCCUCUGCACCGGUAAGGAAGGGAGAGAUCAGAGGGCUACAGCAGAGUUAAGAGUUUCUAUAGAUUAAGUGCCUCGGUUACAUUUCUUGUUGGCAUUAAUUGUUGAAAGUUGGUAAAAACAAAUUCGUGGGAAAUAGCAACAAUUUUUAAGUUUUGAUUGUGUACAUGUUUAUUUGGUUAAAGGUUAGCAGAGCUCUGGUGUAAAAGCAGGAGCACAGAUGAUAAUGACAGCUUCUCUUCCAGCAAGGAAGUGUAGGGAGGUCUGGAAGGAAAUGAGAGAAAUGAUUCUUUGGGAUCAGGGCUUAUCUGGAGAGCAGACACGGCUGGAGCUGGGUCGCCACUUCAGGUGGGCUCUGGAAAUCCUGGUUCUUUCAGGGGUUGGGACGCUGUGUCAUGGUCUGUGCCCUCGCCUGGCAGCAGCGGCCUGGGGACAGCCAGGGGAGGGAGGUGACAUCUCUGUCCCCACAGCUCAGUGUGGAACAAAGAUGAUGUAAACCUAAGAAUUUCAAACUUGAAAUAGUGUCUACGUAAAAAUUGUUUUAUACUGAACAGAAAGUGCCUUAAUACCUCUCAAAAUGAAAAGGAAUUUUUAUAUUCUGUUACCAUUUUUGUUACCAGUAGUGCUGUGAUUGGCACUGUUAAAUAAACCAUUUUCACAGAAAACA